AUGCACGAUGACCGCAUCAUUCCGGAGAACUCUUAUCAGAUGAUGGAUGAGAGGAGCAUACCUCGCGCAGCGGCGCCUUCAAGCCGCAGAUAUCACGUGAAAGAAAGCAUGUGGGCUGCAAGGGGUCGCAGGCCUGAAGGCCGAGCCAAGGCCGAGCCAAGGAGCUUGUGCUGGACAAUUAAAUAUCAGAUCGUUGCCAGUCAGUCUUCUUCCUUGAUUUACUCCGAGUCUCCAGCUCGCAGCCACAAUACAUGA